CGAGUACGUUUCCAGUCUCAGUUUGGUUGGACGCGUGCUCACGAAGAGACCAUCGAUCAGGUGUUGUAACAAAGGGAAGCAGAGCCAGAAACACACAAGGUUGGAAGGAUAUUGGUCUAGGAACCAUUCUUCUUUGGCUCAAGCAGAUCCCAUUACGUUGGUCGGACAAAUUUGAAAGCUGUCUCGUAACGGAAUGUCCUCGUAUGUAUCCGUCGUGGGUACGCCCACCGCGGAAACCUGUUGUAUUUUUGGACUCACACCCCAGGAAAUGCGAUACUUGCAGAGCAAAUUUCCCGAGCAUAUGAAGAAAGGCCGGGAAGAAGGCUGGAAUCCCAAACACGGGAUCCGGAUCGAGUGCACGUGCAUUGUGAUACUCAACGCCUUGGGCUACAUUGGCUUCAAGGUGGUCUCGACGGCCGGGGAUCGUUACGAAUUCAUGUGGACCUUGGAACGCAAUCUCGACAUGGACACCCAAUACCAGCCUAACUGUGACAUGUACGACUACCGCAAAUAUCACGAACGCACCUAUCACCACCUCUCUGACGACGGCUGUGCAACAGGAGGAGGUCUGGCUCCGCCCAAAGUCGAACAUCGACGACAUAGUUUCAGCUGUCUUAGCGCAGAAUGAGAUGCGCGCAAAGCAAGCGUUUCCUAUCUGAUUUUUACGUGAGUGUGUAACCCUCCAUCCAGACCAAAUCCUAACCCCGAGCAUUGGGAGAUGAUGAAAAUAUCCAGUAGUCAGCUUGCUCCGUAUCUCAGGGUGAGCAUAAAACCCCACACUAGAUUGUCCCACCUUCCAGGCCUUUGUGGGCCGAGGGAUCAAGAGGCCAAAUCUAGCUGGAGAGAGACAGAGAGAGAGAGAACAAAAAAGAAACUUUUGCUCCGAUACCUCGAACUACAGUUCUACUAUUUGAUGUUUCCUUGUACUGGCAAUAGACGAGUUCGACUGGAGUUGGCUCGUUUCCGUGAGGUCUGACUGAGAAAAUUGCUCAUGCCUUACAUCUCUGAUAUUCCCUCCUCAAGAUGCUGAUGGUCAUUGGGUCCUCCAGAACCAUGAAGACAUCACUCAAUCGGACUGGUUCCCGGCUAUCCUCUUUCAUUGCGUAAUACACCUUCUCGACGGAAGAGUCAUGGUCGUCGUUGUCCUUGUCACUCCUUCCUUCCCCGUUCACACCAUGUUUAGGCGAGUUGUGCGUGGAUUUUGAAUUACCCGCCAAAAUUGGGCCAGUGGGCAGAAGCGGCAGUUCAAGUUGUGCCAGAGUGACCAGCCAAUCUGAAAGUGCGUGAAAGAUGUGAAUAAAAACUUGAAGCACAGCGAAGAAACAACAUCUGAUGAUCCUUUCCAACGAAUGACUACAAUGUUUACAAUGUGUUUGACAGAAAGCUUGCUUGGGUUGGACGGAAGCGACUGCCCCAUUCUAGUUUCUCUCUUUCUCGUACACACAGAAAAAUGCACUAGUACACGUAUUUCUCGUUUCACCAACACAAGAUCUGAGAUUUUCUACAAAUAUCAUGCCAUAAAUCGAUGACAAUAUUUCCUCUGUCCAAGGUCAAUAUCAAAGCCAAAAUACAAUGCAAGUCCACU